CACAGGUGUGUGAGCACAGCUGGGGCAGCGCAGGAGAACAACAGGAGCUGCUGAGCUGUGGGGAUUGAAAGAACCACGGCACUAAGGACAUGGGAAUCACAAAAGUACAUGGACUGGCAAUUCUACUGACAGCAGGAAUCACUGGUGCAAUCUGGUACCACCACCCUUUUUCCCCAGCCAGAGACCGGGAACACGCAGCCUCCCCUGCAGAGGGUUCAGUACUGAAAACAGACUUAGAUGAAACAUCUCUGCUGCUUCCAUGGAGACAGGAUGUGCUGGUGUUGACACCAUGGUUGGCUCCAAUUGUCUGGGAAGGCACGUUCAACAGAGACAUCCUGAAUGCUCAAUAUCUGCAGAAGAACUUGGUCACUGGAGUGGUCACUUUUGCUGUUGAAAAAUAUGUCCAGUUCAUAGAAGGGUUCAUGAGAUCUGCCAACAAGUACUUCCUUGCUGGGCACCACGUGAAUUUCUACUUGUUCACAGACAGUCCCAAGAAGAUCUCUCACCUUCAGAUGGCCCCUGAGAACCACCUGUUUGUCAUCCCUGUCCAGAAUGACCGCAGGUGGCAGGACAUCCCCACGAGCCGUAUGGACAUCAUCAGCUCAUACAUCCACAGCCAGUUCCAGUACGAGGUGGACUAUCUGUACUCCGUGGACGUUGAUGUCCAGCUCCUGGCAGACAUCGGUGUGGAGAUCAUUGAUGCCCUGGUGGCAACCAUUAGCUCCUGGCAGAUCACUUCCCAGAUCGAGAACAAUGACCAUGAGACACACCCUGAGUCACAAGCUGCCAUCCCUGAGGGACACGGGGACUUCCAUUACUCAGCGAGCUUCUACGGGGGCAGCGUGUCUGAGGUCUACAAACUGACCCGAGCCUGUUCUGAAGGGCUGAUGGAGGACAGAGAAAAUGGAAUUGAGGCUUGGUGGCACCAUGAGAGGCACCUCAACAAGUACCUUCUGCAUCACAGGCCCACACGCCUGCUGUCCCCAGAGUACUACUGGGACACGGAGCUGAGCCCCAGCAGCAUCCAGGUGAAGAGGAUGUGCCCAGUGCGCAAGGACAGCUCGAGACAAGCUCCUGAAACAAAGAAUGUGAAGCCUUUGCUGUUUACAGCCCCACUAAACUGAGGGCAAUGGGCAAAGGAAGUUUCCCUCUGCACUGCACACAUUUUCUGCAUGGAUUAGUCCGUAAAGUGGGUCUCCAUAGCUAGAGACUACAAAACCCAGAAAUUUCUUUUAUUAGCAACUUCUUUUUCAACUUUCUGCUUUUCAACUGUCCUUUCAUCUGCAUGUUUACAAGCACAGGCUUCUUGCCAUCCUAAUAACAUAUCAAAAUUGACAAGGAGAUACUCAAAAUGACCGUACUUAGGCAUCUGAAUAAAGUCAGUUUGAAAAUUCACAAAUGGUCCCCACAGAUUAGGGUCUGCAAUUA